AAACCUUUGCCAACAGUUCCAUAAGCAUUGCCCAAGGUUCUCCCAGACGCUGUCGUUUGGUUUCUCUUUCUCUGGAUCGAUUGAUCAGUUGAGGUAGGCUCGCUCGCUCGCUCUAUCGAUCUUGUUGAUUUUCGAGCAAUCCGAGGCGAGUACAACAAUCGAAACGACAGUUUUUGUUAUUUAUUUGAAUGGCUAACAAAGCUCAAAUUCCUUCAAGAAACUCAGCACUCAUUGCUAUGAUUGCUGAUGAGAGAUUAUUUUAUUAUGGUUUAGAAACAACGGUGAAACAAAUUGAGGAUGCAUUCAAAGAGUUCACAACAAGAGAGGACAUUGCAAUAGUGAUGAUCAGUCAAUUUGUUGCAAACAUGAUAAGGUUUCUAGUGGAUAGCUACAAUAAGCCAGCUCCAGCAAUUUUGGAGAUUCCUUCCAAGGACCAUCCUUAUGAUCCUACACACGAUUCUGUUCUUUCACGAGUGAAGUACCUCUUCUCUGCUGAAUCAGUGGCAUCUGGGAGGCGAUAAAUUCUCACCUACAUAGUUGAUUUAUUUCUGCCCAUUGUUAUAUCAUGUUUCAGCACCAUUUCCCUUGAGUUGCGUAUCGUAUCCUGAAUCAUUAUCUUUUUGCACUUGAGUUGUUUGUUUUCUUAAUUUUUUUUAUGAAACUUGUUUAAGAUGCGGCGUAGCUGUUGAUCUUGAUUGUAAUUUCAAAUAAGCUAUAAUUAUGAAAUCAUUUAUUGGAAAUUUAUAUCCAUAGUGAAAAUUGAUUCAAA